GGUAGCGCUGCCGUCUCGUCGCUGCCGCCAUGUCGUGUUUCCCGGAGCUCUAUUUUAACGUGGAUAACGGGUACCUGGAAGGGCUGGUGCGCGGCUUUAAGGCGGGGGUACUCCGGCAAGGCGACUACGUGAAUUUGGUGCAGUGCGAGAGCCUGGAGGACUUGAAACUGCACCUCCAGAGCACAGACUAUGGGAACUUCCUGGCCAAUGAAGCCUCCCCGCUCACUGUGUCUGUCAUUGAUGACAAGCUGAAGGAGAAGAUGGUGGUGGAGUUCCGUCACAUGAGGAACCACGCGUAUGAGCCCCUGGCAAGUUUUCUGGACUAUAUCACCAGGUCUGUAUGCACAAGAGAUGUUCUGCACAGUGGCUGGGUCCAGACCACGCAUUCACUGAGAAGCAGGUACAGCUACAUGAUUGACAAUGUCAUUCUGCUGAUCACUGGGACUCUGCACCAGCGUUCCAUCUCUGAACUGGUGCCCAAGUGCCACCCUCUGGGAAGUUUUGAGCAGAUGGAAGCUGUGAACAUUGCUCAGACACCUGCAGAGCUCUACAAUGCAAUCUUGGUGGACACUCCCCUGGCUGCUUUCUUCCAAGACUGCAUAUCUGAACAGGACCUGGAUGAAAUGAAUAUCGAAAUAAUUCGAAACACCCUGUAUAAGGCUUACCUGGAGUCCUUCUACAAGUUCUGCAAGACGCUGGGAGGUACCACGGCAGAUGCCAUGUGCCCAAUCCUGGAGUUUGAAGCUGACCGGAGGGCCUUCAUUAUCACCAUCAACUCAUUUGGUACUGAGCUGUCCAAGGAGGACCGAGCCAAGCUGUUCCCACACUGUGGCAAGCUCUACCCUGAGGGCCUGGCUCAGCUGGCCAGGGCAGAUGACUACGAGCAAGUCAAAAAUGUUGCUGACUACUAUCCUGAGUACAAGCUGCUAUUUGAAGGGGCUGGCAGCAACCCUGGAGACAAAACCCUUGAAGACCGGUUCUUUGAGCACGAGGUAAAGCUGAACAAGCUGGCCUUCCUCAACCAAUUCCACUUUGGAGUCUUCUAUGCCUUUGUGAAGCUGAAGGAGCAGGAGUGCCGCAACAUUGUGUGGAUCGCAGAGUGCAUCGCCCAGCGGCACAGAACCAAGAUCGACAACUACAUUCCCAUCUUCUAACUCUGCUCUGCUCCUGUCUGACCCUCCCACCCCUGGAGUCCGGAGGGACCCCUAACUCCCUGAGUGGUCCCUUGCCCAGACUCCAGGGAUGUCCCAUCUGUGGAACUGGAUCAAAUGAGGAAACUGUACAGUUGCUAGUUAAAUUAUUCACAAGCUGAAGUUUGAGUUGUGUGUACUGUGAGAUGUCCGGAGGGAUGAGUGGUCCAGGCUUAGCCCUGUGCAGCAGGAGGUCCUCCUGUUGUGUAUGCAGUAGUCCCAGUGUUCCUGUACUAAUUGCUGUGUGUGCUUAUGCUCAUAGAGCAAGCUUGAGCUGCGGGGGACUGCCUCUGAGGGGGUCCCACUGCUGCAGAGGAAUAGGUCAGGUCUGCCAUGGCUGGGGGGCCCUCUGUCAGUGCUCUGCACGUCUCCUACUCAGUGUUGUUCCUGUGAGAUGUAGUUAUAAUGUGGUUUAUAGCGUAGCCCAUGCUGCUGUGCAAUCCCUGCAUCCCCUUGUAGUGAACCCUGACCUGGGAGAGACCAAGCAACCCGGGCCAGGACUGGAAUGGAGCCUGUGGGAAUGUGAGGGCAGAGCCAAAGUGCUUGUGGAGCACAUUCCUCCCACUCUGGCAGUGUUUGCAGCUUCUCUGUGUCUGCAGAAGCAGCUCUCAUCAGUCUCCCUGCUGCCCUGUACAGGGCUCCAUAAGCUGGCUGAGCGCCUUCCUCAGAGCUGUGGAGACCCACAGCUUACAGUUUAUUGUCAUAACCAUGCAAAAACUGGGGUUCCUUUGGGCUCUGUGGGUGGUGGUGGACCCCUGCACUCCUCCAGGGUAGACAUCCAGGCUUCUCCCCUGCAGAGGAUGGGUUGGCACUGCCAUGGAGCUGUAUGGCACAGCUAGCCAUGGGACAGAGCAGCCUUAGUCACCCUGCUGGGGGCAGGGAUGUCCCAGGCCCUGCCUGUCCGGGGUGGGAGCCAAGCCUUGGGCAUGGUGUGACAGCUCUGCCCUUUGCUGCCGUGUCCUGGCUAGCUCCUAGUUGCACUUGAAGUCUGGGAGAUGUGCAAUGGCAGCAGACAAGCCUUGCUGGAGGGAAACACGCUGGAUGCUGCUGGAAGGAUCAAUGGAGAAUUGGCUCUGUCCCAGCUUGUGCUGUGGUCACCUCUGCAGUUUGUUUUUCUGUGAGCCCCUCCUCUCUACACCAAUAAAUAUCUGCCUACUGCA